AUGCCCUCCCGAGAAAAUGGUCUUUCUGGCCCGGUGCCUAACCCCGGGGGUCAAAGUGAUGAUGCCACUACGGCAUUCUCCCCCAUCGCGAUAUGUGGUAUGGCCCUUCGUCUUCCCGGUGGAUUGGGGAGCCCGCAAGACCUCUGGGACUUCUUGAUAGCCAAGGGCGAUGCGCGGUCCCGGGUCCCCGAGUCUCGGUACAAUGUAUCGGCCUUCCACUCCCCAUCCAAGCGGCCGGGUACGGUGGUGACCGAGUACGGCUAUUUCCUCGACGAGAGCAUUAAGCUCGGUGCGCUGGAUGCGUCCCGCUUCUCGCUCAGUCGGGCCGAGCUGGAGGCCGCCGAUCCCCAGCAGCGCCAGAUGAUGGAGGUGGUGAGAGAGUGCUUCGACGAUGCAGGGGAAGUCAACUUCCGUGCCCGGCCCAUUGGCUGCUACAUGGGCUGUUACGGGGAGGACUGGCUGGAGUUGCAAAACAAAGACCCCCAGCAGAAUGGUAUGAACCGGGUCGAUGGAUAUAGUGACUUCAUGCUGUCAAAUCGGGUCUCGUAUGAAAUGGACUUGCGCGGGCCCAGUAUGACCAUCCGCACUGCGUGCUCGUCUGCGCUAGUCGGGCUGAAUGAAGCCUGUCUGGCCCUCCAACGAGGCGACUGCGACGCCGCUAUCGUCGGGGGUCCAAGCUUGAUCUUUGCGCCAGCCACAACGGCGUUCAUGACCGAGAAGGGGGUACUGUCGCCCGACGGGUCUUGCAAGACCUUCUCGGCCGAUGCGAACGGCUACGCAAGAGGCGAAGCCAUCACUGCCGUGUUCGUCAAGCCUCUGGCCGCAGCCCUUCGCGACGGGAAUCCCAUCCGGGCGGUGAUCCGGUCCGUCAUGUCCAACAGCGACGGGAAGACAUCCGGCAUCUCCCACCCCAGCACCGACAGCCAGGAGGCUCUGAUCCGGAAAGCGUACCAGGCUGCUGGCAUCACGAACAUGGCCGAGACAGCCUUCGUUGAGUGCCACGGCACGGGCACCCCGACAGGUGACCCGGUCGAAGUGCAGGCCGUUGCGCGGGUCUUUGGGGAAGCCGGCGUGUACAUCGGAUCGGUCAAGCCGAACCUGGGCCAUUCCGAGGGCGCAUCCGGGCUGACAUCCCUGAUCAAGGGCGUCCUCGCCCUGGAGCAUCGCAUCAUCCCCCCCAACAUCAAAUUCACCGCUCCCAACCCGAAGAUUCCAUUUGAGGCCUGCAAACUGACGGUGCCUCUCGAGCCAAUCCCGUGGCCCGAAUCGCGAUGGGAGCGGGUCAGCAUCAACUCGUUUGGCGUGGGAGGAUCCAACGCGCAUCUCAUCCUCGACUCGGCCCGCAGCUUCCAGAUCCCCAGCCCGACCCCGGACAAUUUCCUCGCCGGCCCCCAGCUGCUGCUUCUCUCCGCCAGCGCGGCCGGAUCGCUGCAGCGGAUGACCGCGACCUUCGAGGACUGGGUCCCGCAACACCAGGACCAGCUGCGCGAUCUGGCCUACACCCUGGCCACCCGUCGAGAGCAUCUCCCGCAUCGAACCUUCCUAAUCGCCGGUCCAGACCGAAUCGGCACCCCAUCGCCUGGCAGAAAGGUGCCCAGCUCCGCGCCCAGCCUCGCCAUGGUCUUCACCGGGCAAGGCGCACAAUGGGCGCGCAUGGGACGGGACCUCCUCCUGCGCCCCGACUUCUCGUUUCAAAACACCAUCCGGGCGCUGGACAAAUACCUGAAAGCGGCCCCGAAUGGUCCCGAGUGGCGAUUGGAGGAAGAGCUUAUCAAGCCGGCCCUGACGUCCCGGGUCCAGACAGCCGAGCUCUCGCAGCCCCUGUGCACAGCCGUCCAAAUCGGCUUGGUGGAUCUCUUCGCCGCAGUCGGAGUCACCCCUGCGGCGGUGGUCGGCCACAGUAGCGGGGAGAUUGGGGCUGCCUACGCGGCGGGUGCCUUGACCGCGCGGGAGGCCAUCAUCGCGGCCUGGCAGCGAGGGCUGGCUGCCGCGGGGCAAACCCGCCCUGGCUCCAUGGCGGCCAUCGGGCUGGGAUGGGAGGAGGUCCAGAGCUUUCUCUCGCCUCCCACCGUGGUGGUCGCCUGCGAGAAUUCCCCCAAGAGCGUCACUCUCUCCGGAGACGCCCAGGAGGUGCAAGCCGUGGUUGCACGGAUCAAAAAGGAGCAUCCCACGGUGACGGCUCGGCUGCUCAAAGUCGACAAGGCCUAUCAUUCCUACCACAUGCAUGAGGUCGGACACAACUACUCAGCUACCAUCGGCCGCGACCUGGUUGGAAAGCGUCCCGGGAAGCCGUUCUUUUCCAGCGUCACUGGCAAGCAGGAACAGGAUCUGUGUCUGGACGCGGUCUACUGGCAACGCAACCUGGAAUCCCCCGUGCUUUUCCGGGCCGCCGUCUCUGAGCUUCUGGACCAUGUCGAUAAUGUCGCCUUUCUGGAGAUCGGACCACACGCCGCGCUCGCAGGGCCCGUGAGACAGAUACUGAGCACUCGGGCGUCUGCGAACCCGGCCCCCUACAUCGCGGCGAUGAGCCGCGGAGAGAAUUGCGUGGAGUCGUUCCUGACAGCGCUGGGAAAGCUGUUCCAGCUGAAUGUCCCGGUCAAUCUGAAUGCUCUCUACCCCUCCGGAUCCUGUCUGCCCGGACUGCCCCGGUACCCCUGGGAUCAUGGGGUCGACUACUGGCGCGAAUCCCGCAUCUCCCGCGACUGGAGAUUCCGCCAGUUCCCCAGCCAUCCGCUUCUCGGCGAUCGUCAGCUGCUCGGCACCGACCUGGAACCGAGCUGGCGAAACAUGAUGCGAGUCGAGGACUCUGACUGGCUGCGGGAUCAUAAAGUGGAGGUGGAUAUCAUUCUCCCAUGUGCGGGCUAUCUGUCAAUGGUCGGGGAGGCGAUCCGACAGAUCACUGGAUCACAAGAGAGCUACACCUUGCGAGGUGUUGUGAUUAGCUCGGCCCUGGUGCUGCGCGAGGGAACGCCCACCGAGGUGGUGACGACCUUCCACCCCCACCGGCUGACCGAUUCGCUAGAUAGCCAAUGGUGGGAAUUUACUAUCGCCUCGUACAACGGCCAGACGUGGACCAGGCACUGCACUGGCCAGGCCUCGGGGACGGCGGCGGAGGAGAGGCAUACGCGGACGGCAGCCCUGAGGAGUUCCCUGCCGCGGAAGUUGCAAGCCAAGAAGUACUACGACCUCCUGGACCGCGCGGGCUUGAACUUCGGGCCGAUGUUCAAGCGCCUGACCGAUAUUGAAACGGGCACGGGGGAGACGUUGGCGAGAGCAAAGGUGACCACCGGCCAAGCGGGAGACGAAAAGUACUAUCACCUCCAUCCCAGUCUCAUCGACGCCUGCAUUCAGGCGGCUCCUCUUGCUGGCCUCCUGGGCACCGUGGAUGCCAAGGCAUACCGACGAGUGCCCACCAAGAUCGACCGGGUGAUCGUCCGGCAAAGCCCCACCAGGGUCGAUGACUUGCAGGUGUCGGCCUCGGCCACGUAUGUCAAAGGCACCGGGGAAGUGAUCGGGCAGGUCCAGCAAUGCAUCGCAGAUGGUGUCAUUGUCAUGCACAUGGAAGGCUUGAAGCUUUCGCCUCUCGAAGAGGCCGGCAAGGCAGGACAAGCCGACAGUCUUGAAACGACCGCCCGCCUGACAUGGGGACCGCAUAUUGACUUCUUGGACGCCGCUACGCUGAUCAAGCCGUCGUUUCCUCGGCAUCUGUACACGCCGGCUUUGGACGAGCUGGCUCGGCUAGGUAUGAUCUACGGCAGUCGGCGCAUCAAAGAUGCUCGCACGCGGGUGGCGCAUAUGCCCCUGUAUCGCGACUGGAUCAACCGCCAGGUGGAAGCAAUGCGGCUGGACGAAAAAUGGUCCACUUUCCUCACCCUCGAGGAUGAUGCCCUUGUGGAGAGGAUCGAACGACUGGUGCAACAUCUGUCCGAGACGCCCGUCGUGGACUGCGCCAUUGGGCUCCAGAAAGUGGCCACCAACAUCGCGGCGCUCUUCGCCGGGGAAACAGAGGCCCUCGAUAUCCUUCUCGCGGAUGACACCCUAUAUAAGCUCUAUGUUGUCACCGACGCGUGUGAUCGGUCCCAGUUUAUCCAACACCUGGCCCAUACCAAGCCCAACCUGCGGAUCCUGGAGAUCGGAGCCGGCACGGGCGCGACGACAGCGAGCAUCCUGAAGCUGCUACGCCUGCCCGGCUCGACUGGCUCCGGUGGCACACCCUCCCUUUUCUCCAAGUACACCUACACAGAUAUUUCCUCGGGCUUCUUUGUGACCGCCAAGGAGCGGUUCAGUGGCGAGAGAAACAUCGAGUAUCGCACCCUGGACAUCAGCAAAGACCCGUCCGACCAGGGAUUCGAUGGGGAGAAGUAUGAUCUGAUUCUUGCGACCAAUGUUCUGCAUGCGACCAACUACCUCGGGGAAACCCUCCGGAAUGUCCACAAGCUUCUCGACCCGAACGGGCGACUGCUCCUUCACGAGCUGAACUCCCCCUCCAAGUGGCCCAACUUCAUCUUUGGCACGCUAGCAGGCUGGUGGUACGGCGGACCGGAUGGAAGACCGGACGAGCCGUGUGUGACCCCGGCCCGCUGGGAGUUGGAGCUGAAAGGCGCCGGCUUCGCCGGCUUGGAUGCCGUGGUGCUUGACGGCGAGCAGCCGCAUCAGCUGAACGCCAUCAUGGUGGCCAAGCCGCGGGUCGAUGAUGGGACAGACCAGAAAAAGCCCGUCAGUCUGCUUUGUGACCCCCGUGACGACAGCUAUGCGGAAUCCUUGUCGCGGCAGCUUAACAGCCGAGGCUACGAGGUGCAGACAUUUCGGCUGGGAGACGAACUGCCCCAGUCCCAGGAUAUCAUCUCCCUCCUCGACUGCACUCGCCCGUUCUUUGAAGACAUUGAUGCGGCUCGUUUCCGGGCCUUCCAGCACCUCCUGAAUACCAUCGGGGAGUCGGGUCUGCUGUGGAUCACCCAUCUGUCCCAAGUCAAAUGCCCCGACCCCCGGUUUGCCCAGGUCAUCGGCGCAGCACGCUCCAUUCGCUCGGAGAUGCUGGUGGACUUUGCGACGUGUGAAGUGGAUGACAUUCGUUCGUCGCUGGACAAAAUCAUUGACGUCUAUGCCAAAUUCCAUACCCGAGCGAGGGACGAAUCGUUGAAUCCGGAUUAUGAGUAUGCCAUUGUGGGCGGGACAGUCUCUGUGGGACGGAUCUACCCCUUUUCGCUCAAGGAGGACCUGGUCGUGGCGACCAAGCCAGACGAUUGGGCCGCUCUCGACAUGGAGAAGCCCAGCCGCCUGAGCUCCCUGCACUGGAGGGCUUCGAAAGGAAGACCCCUGACUGGGGACGAAGUCGAGGUGGAGAUCUACGCCGCCGGCCUGAACUUCAAGGUAAGAACGGGUCCCUCUCUGCCAUGCAUGCCUGAUGGGCUACUAACCUCCUCCGCUGAUGUUUUGGGUGCGUUGGCUGUGGUUCCGUUCCCCGACAAUGGCCUGGGCGUCGAAGCCAGCGGAGUCGUUCGCCAUGUGGGCCCCGAUGUCAAGCGGCUGUGUCCCGGAGACCGGGUCAUGCUGCGGGAAGAUGGGGCUUUCGCGACCCAUGCCAUUGCCUCCGAGAAGCUCUGUGCGAAGAUUCCCUCGGAUCUCUCCUUCGAAGACGCAGCAACCAUGCCGGUCGUGUUUGCUACCGCCAUCUACUCGAUGUUCGAUCUCGGUGGAUUGCAGGAAGGACAGUCGAUCCUAAUCCACAGUGCAUGCGGUGGUGUAGGAAUCGCCGCCAUCCAGCUGGCUCGGAUGACAGGGGCCACCAUCUAUGCCACGGUGGGCAGUGAUGAAAAGGUACGAUAUUUGAUGGAAACAUUUGGCUUGCCGAGGAAUCGCAUCUUCAACUCCCACGACUCGAGUUUUGUGGAAGGCGUGAUGCGCGAAACCCAGGGGCAGGGAGUCGACCUGGCCCUGAACUCCCUCUCCGGCGAGCUGUUGCACGCGACCUGGCGAUGCCUCGCCGAGUUCGGGAAGAUGGUGGACAUCGGAAAGCGCGACAUGCUGGGGGCCGCUCGGCUCGACAUGGGCCACUUCCUGGGCGGCCGCACGUAUUCCUGCUUUUACUUGGACCUGCUGCGGGACAAGCGGCCAUCGGAGUGCAAGCGACUUCUCGAAUUAAUCAUCACGUACUUCCGGGCCGGUCAUAUUACGCCGAUCAGGCCCAUCACGAUGUUUGAUGCCACAGCUAUAGAGGAUGCGUUCCGACACAUGCAACAAGGCACCCAUCUCGGAAAAUUGGUCAUUAUCCUGCGAAACGCGGAUGGCAGCCCCAAGAUCGACCCGACAUCAGUGAGAACUGCCCCGGGCCUCGACUUGGACAGCACCGCAACCUACCUCCUGAUCGGCGGUCUCGGUGGUCUCGGACGCGCCGUAUCGCGGCGUCUCGUGGAGCACAAAGCCCGCCGUCUGGUCUUCCUUUCCCGGAGUGCGGGUCGAGGUCCGGACGACAACGACUUCGUCCAGGAGCUUGAGAGCAUGGGAUGCGGCGUUCGACUCGUCCAGGGCAGCGUCACCAGCGAAGCUGAUGUAACACGAGCCAUCCAGCAAGCCCCCAACCUGAAAGGCAUCCUCCAACUGUCCAUGGUUCUCCGAGACCAGGCGUUCCCCCACAUGACCCUGGCCGAAUGGAACACCGCGGUUGGGCCCAAAAUCCAAGGAACAUGGCAUCUCCACAAUGCCACCCAGGCCGCCGGGAUCACCCUCGACUUCUUCAUACUCUUCUCGUCCACGUCCGGCGUGCUGGGCCAGCCUGGCCAGGCCAACUACGCUGGAGCAAAUACCUUCCUGGACGCCUUCGUCCAGUACCGGACCAGCCUGGGGCUGGCCGCCUCCGCGGUCGAUAUCGGCGCGGUCCAGGACAUCGGCUACGUGUCGCAGGACGACGCCCUGCUCCAGCGCCUGAAGCAGACGGGGGCGCACCACCUCACCGAAUCCGAGCUUCUCGAUGCCGUAUUGGCUACGAUCUCUUUCUCCGUGAAUCCCAAUGAGGCCCAUAAUGUCAACGACAUCCUGGGAUUCGUAGACAAGAAUAACUUCAUCCUUGGCCUUGGCACAUCCGUUCCCCUCAGUAGUCCCGAGAGCCGCGUAUUCUGGAGAAAGGAUCGGCGUAUGGCGCUAUACCAUAAUUCCGUCCCGAAGGCCGCCGUACACGAUGUCAGUUCCGACCGCGACACUCUGCAGGCCUUCCUUGCCCGGGCGAAAACGGACCCGUAUAUAUUGAGGGCCGGGGAAAGCGCUGGUCUGCUGGCAAGAGAAAUCGGGAAUAAGCUAUUCAACUUCUUGCUCAAGACGGGUGAGGACUUGAAUAUUUCGCUGCCGCUGUGGCAGCUGGGCAUGGACUCCUUGGUGGGUGUGGAGAUGCGCAGCUGGUGGAGACAGGCGUUCGGGUUUGAUAUUACUGUAUUGGAGAUGAUGGGGAUGGGGAAUCUGGAGGGAUUGGGGAAACAUGCGGCGGAGGGGCUCGCAAGGUUGUUGGGUAUCGAGUGA